GUUCGCCCGUGGAGGCGGGCAGGGUGCGGGCUUGGGCUGCUGUCACCCCCUCCUCCAGCGAUCCUGCUUUGGCGGUCCAGCCCAGCGUCAGUGAUAUGUGUUCUGAAAUUCUGAACCAUGAGUCUGGCACUAAAUGACCUGCUUAUUUGCUGCCGUCAACUAGAACAUGAUAGAGCUACAGAACGAAGGAAAGAGGUUGAGAAAUUUAAGCGCCUAAUUCGGGAUCCUGAAACUGUUCAACAUUUAGAUCGGCAUUCAGAUUCCAAACAAGGAAAAUAUUUGAACUGGGAUGCUGUUUUUAGGUUUUUACAGAAAUAUAUUCAGAAAGAAACAGAAUGUCUCAGGACAGCAAAAACAAAUGUAUUAGCAACCACAAAACAAGCCACCAGACAGAAAAAGAUGCAGGAAAUCAACAGCUUGGUCAAAUACUUCAUCAAAUGUGCAAAUAAAAGAGCACCCAGACUAAAAUGUCAAGAGCUCUUGAAUUAUGUUAUGGAUACAGUGAAAGAGUCAUCUAAUGGUACCAUAAAUGGAGCUGACUGUAGCAACAUAUUACUUAAGGACAUUCUUUCAGUGAGAAAAUACUGGUGUGAAAUAUCUCAGCAACAGUGGCUAGGUAUGUUUUCUACUUUGGCUAUUAACUUUCGAAUUCGAGUAUGUGAAUUAGGAGAUGAAAUUUUACCCACCUUGCUUUAUAUUUGGGCUCAACAUAGGCUUAAUGAUUCCUUAAAAGAAGUGAUCAUUGAAUUAUUUCAACUACAAAUUUAUAUCCAUCAUCCAAAGGGAGCCAAGACCCAAGAAAAAGGGGCCUAUGAAUCAACAAAAUGGAAAAGUAUCUUAUACAACCUAUACGACCUAUUAGUUAAUGAGAUAAGUCACAUAGGAAGCAGAGGAAAAUACUCGUCAGGAUCUCGUAAUAUUGCUGUCAAGGAAAACUUGAUUGAAUUGAUGGCAGAUAUUUGUCAUCAGGUUUUUAGUGAAGAUAGCAAAUCAUUGGAGAUUACUCAGUCUUACACUACCACACAAAGAGAUUUUAGUGAUUACACUUCACCUUGCAAAAAGAAGAAAAUAGAAUUAGGCUGGGAAGUAAUAAAAGAUCAUCUUCAGAAGUCACAGAAUGAUUUUGAUCUUAUACCUUGGUUACAGAUUACAACUCAAUUAAUAUCAAAAUAUCCUGCAAGUUUACCUAACAGUGAAGUGUUGCCAUUACUAAUGAUACUAUGCCAGCUUCUACCCCAACAGCGUCGUGGGGAGCGCACACCAUAUGUGUUACGUUGCCUUACGGAGGUUGCAAUGUGUCUAGGUGGGAAAUCAAACCUGGAAAGCUCACAAAAGUCAGAUUUAUUGAGACUCUGGGCUAAAGUCUGGUCUCUUACCUUUCGUGGUAUAAGUUCUGAACAGAUACAAGCUGAAAAUUUUGGCUUAGUUGGAGCCAUAAUUCAAAGCAACUUAGUUGAGUUUGACAGAGAAUUCUGGAAGUUAUUUACGGGAUCAGCCUGCAAACCUUCAUGUCCUGCAGUCUGCUGCUUGACUUUGGCACUGACCAUCUAUGUAGUUCCAGAAACAGUACAAACAGGAAUGGAACAAAAUAUAUGUGAAGUAAAUAAAAGUCUUUCUUUAAAGGAAUUGAUAAUGAAAUGGCUUUUAUCCUAUCAUUUAGAAGAUGACUUAGAAGACAGUACAGAACUACCUCCAAUCUUUCACAGUGAACAGCACCAUAAAGAGAAAGAAGAUCCUUCAUUCUCGGAAGUAGAAGAACUGUUUCUCCAGACAACUUUUGACAAGAUGGACUUUUUAACUGUUGGAAAAGAAUGCCCUGAAGAAAAGUACCAGUCCAGUGUAGGCCUUUCUGUCCACCAGAAUCUCAAGGAAUCACUGGAUCGUUAUCUUCUGGGAUUAUCUGAACAGCUUCUAAAUAACUACACAUCUGAGACUCCAAAUUUAGAAACACUUGUCCGAUGUUCAAGUCUAUUGGUGGGUGUUCUUGGCUGCUAUUGUUCUGUGGGUGUAAUAACUGAAGAGGAAGUAUAUAAGUCAGAAUUAUUCCAGAAAGCCAAGGCAUCCUUUAUCAGAAAGCCACUUGAUUAUGGAGAAGUAGAACCAAUGGAAGAUGAUUCUGAUAAAAAUCUAAUGGAGGUAGAGGAUCAGUCAUCCAUGAGUCUGUUUGAUGAUUACUCUUCUAGUACUAUUAGUGAUGUAAAUGAAUCUGGAGAGAGCCAGAUUACUAUUGGUGCCAUGAAUCCUUUAUCUGAAGAACAUCUGUCAAAGCAAGAUUUACUUAUUUUAGACAUGCUAAAGUUCUUGUGUAUGUGUGUAACUACUGCUCAGACCAAUAUUGUGUCCUUUCGAGCAACUGAUAUUCGGAGGAAAUUGUUAAUGUUAAUUGAUUCCAGCAUGCUAGACCUGACUAAAUCUCUCCAUUUACACAUGGUCCCUUUACCAAGAGUGAGAAGCCUGGCUUCAGACUUAACCUCAGUACAUUUACAGGUUUACUCAGUGUUCUUAAUGUGUAACUUAUUGGACUAUAUGGUACAUUCCUUAGCCCCCACCAGUAAACACUUAGAGAGUGAGAUUGCUGGGUGA